UCGAAACGAUUCAGUUGUGCAGGGUUUGACAGUAGUCGCAUCAGUUGCUUGCCUGGCUGUUAUUCUGCCACCUGCUGACAGUCAGUCGCCGUUGUAUCACUUGCCACCGUUCUAAUGCGUACAGAGUAACUUUAAGUCAGCUUUACAACCAAACUGAAAACUUUAGGACUGGAAUACAAACUACUUUGUGGUUGUUGCGCGUCUCAAUGGACACUGUUCAGAAAUUGGUGUCUGGAUUUUCUCUGGACCUGGGACCAUUGAAAGAACCUCUAGGAUUUAUUCGUGUUCUAGAAUGGGUCUUCACCAUUUUUGCCUUUGCCACCACUGGAGGUUACUCUGGGACGUCCCACUUUACAGUCACAUGCACAGGAUCCCAGGAAGUGCAGGAUGUAAAGCCUGUGUUUGGCUACCCAUUCAGGUUGUCAGCGAACCCAUAUAAGAUACCGUCAUGUAACAGCAGUCCAUCCAAUGAGACCUACCUGCAGGGCGACUUCUCCUCCUCGGCAGAGUUCUUUGUGUGUGUCGGUGUGUUUGGGUUCCUUUAUUGCACCGCCACACUGAUCCUCUAUCUGGGCUACCAGCAUGUCUACCGCCAGACCACCCGCGGCCCCAUCAUAGACCUGGUGGUGACCGCUGCCUUUGCCUUCCUGUGGCUUGUGUCCUCCUCAGCCUGGGGCAAAGGCCUGACUGAUGUCAAAUGGGCCACUAACCCCGAACACCUAGUGGAGUCAUGCAAGGACAUCUGUCACCCAGCAGAGUUUCCUUCCAUGGGCCGCCUCAAUGCCUCUGUGAUUUUUGGUUUUUUGAAUUUGAUCCUGUGGGCAGGUAACGUCUGGUUCAUUUACAAGGAGACCCCUUUCCACAAGGAUCCCAACCCACCGACCACCAUGGAGGAAGGAGGGGCCCCUGGGCCCUAGCCACAUCACUGAGGGUCCUCAAGCAUAUAUAGCCCUGUACCCACAGCAGAAAUGCUUUGUGCCUAACACUGGUCUCUGAUGUUAACCCGCAGAAAUGGAAAAAAAGGAAGGCAAUUGUCCUAAAUACCCCCCUAUAGCCCCCAAAACUUGUCAGAGCUAUUUUUUAGUUACAGGUCUUUAGCUCAAGUUAACCCAGUGCCCAAUGACUGAGCAACACUAUGUUCUUAUUUUUUGUCAAUUCCUGUGUGCCUUGAAAACACUAAGUGCAAAUACAAACAAAAAUGCGAACACUUACACUACAAUAGGAGUUAAAACCUAAAACUGUAUGUAUUUGGUCUUCAGAACAGCAGGCCUGCAGUGUAUUUGCUUCCACAUUAGCCCAUUUCCCUCCCUUGAUGUCUGCCCUUCAGGGAGCACAUGAAGUUGUGAUGUAGAAGUUGAAAUCAAAUCGCCCUCACAACCAAAGAAAGCAAGCUGUCAUAAGAAACAACAUCCACAAACAAACUUUUUAGGUGGGAGCAAAUGCACACCUGGGGUUCUCUCUUGAGCAGGAGUCUAGUAAGGGCCUGCUCUUCUUCCAUCAUCUGUAAGAGGAAGUGCUACAGUACAGAUUCCAAGUAUUUUAAUUCUCAACAUGUCAGUCACUUCAAUUUCAAUAGAUCAGUCGUAGCCUGAAGGUCAAAAUAUGUUAAAUGCUCCUUUUCCUCCAGUUAAAGCAACGACUGAUACCAGCUGAUACCUGAACUCUGCCUCUGAGGCACCAGACCAUCUAAUGAUUAAAUUAACAGCCAUGCCAUCCCCCCCCCCCACCAAUGUUCUAAUCUGCCACACACAUUCAAAUAUACUUCAUAACCACAUGGAUGUUGCACUUUCAACACACUGAUUUUCUAACUGUUGAUGGCAAAAAGAAUACACACUGCAAGUAAAAAAUAACACCACAAUCUACUGCACUUCUCUGUACUUCAAGUGUCAUUUUCAGUGAUGUUUCAGGUUGUGAUAGCGUUUGCCACAGUCUUUUUAUUUUUAUUUUCAGCCUGUAUCCAGAACAAGGCAAGCUCUCUACAUGUUUAACCCACUAGCUGUUGUACAUAACUUUACAGUGGAAGGGACUGAUAGGCCAAACUGUGUUUAGUUCCUGUUUGUUCAAAAGGUUACAUUUACACUACUCAAUAACACUAAGACUUGUCCUUGUUUGAACUAUCUUUUGCAAAAGAUAGACUUGCAGUGACAUUAUUUAUAUACAGUUCAUAUGUAUUUUUAUCUACAUUUAAUUGGUCCAUUGCAUAUUUUUAAAACCAAUGUUGGGUUUCUGUUUGACACUUUUCCCAUUGGGAAAUACAGUGUGCAGCUUGUCUUUGAUUUUUUUUUUUUUUUAUUAUUAUUUUUUUAUUUUUUUUAUUUUGUAAUGUCAGAUUUGCUGUUAAAUUUGUUCUACCACUGAGGCUUAAUCUUGUGAUGAUAAAUAGUUCAGGUAACAAAAGGGUCUAAAUGUUGUUGCCAGAUUGAUGGAAUCCUGCUGUAUUUCUUUAUGCCUCCUGCUCAUCUUCUGCCCUACAUGCAACUUAACAGCCAAUGCCAUACAUUAGAACGUUUUGUAUUGAAUUGUAUUGUAUUGUUCUGAGUCACUGUUGAUGACUAUUUCUCAACACAUUGACAAUUUGCAUUGCACUAAGGGAUCUAAUGAUCUCUAUGAAGUAACUGUUUUGAUUUGCGUAAUUGGGCCAUCUGUGCAGCUGUUUUAUUUCAUUGCCGUAGCCUCUGUAAGGAAUAAGUGAGGGGCUGUUUGAGUCACUAUGAGUAAAGUAAUAUAUUUUCCACAUCAUAGUGAAAUUAGACACAUAUUUAGUGAGAUCAAUUUUAAAAGGUAAAUCUUAGUUAAUUAGAGCACAGUGAUAUGUGGGAUGUUUAUGUAAUGAAUUAUUGACAUUGGACUUUAUGUAUUUUAUGCCUUGUUUGUGCAAAAGGAAACAAUGGUUUAACUGUAUUGACAUGUGUAAAACAUGAGAGCUGCAACUGCUGGA